GAGGCGAACCAGUUCACUGUCGACUGCGUUCGGAACAGGACCUGUGUCGACUCACAUUGAGUUUGUUGCUCAAACAUAGACUCGCGAAAACUUCUUUAAACAUCGCAUUCGUUCAAACGAAAUUUUGGGAUUACCAGGAUCCAAUCAGUUUUGUUUAUUAUACGUGUCGAGCUUUGUGGAUCUGUACUACGAGAGAAAAGGAAAAAGUGUAUUUUGUGCGUGAGGGUGCGUGAAUCGAGGAAGGAACCGGUGAAGUGCCGGUGGUCUAUAAGAAGAAAAUGACCGAUCACGUGGUGGAAAGUACGUUCGAGCUUUCAGCUUUCAUGAAAGCUGGUGUCAUGGCGGGUUCCGAGAGAGAUAGCGGCUCUUGCAGUAGUGUCGAUGAGGACAGUAGAUCAAGUUUGCAUUCGCCUACUUCAUCUGAGGACAGUGUCGAAGUGCAGGUAAUACCAAUUUCGUUGAGAAACAAGCGGAAACUGGCAGAGCCACGAAAGAUUCAAGAACCUGCAGUCAUCAUAGCACCAUUGAAGAAGAGACGGUUUGAUCCUAUUUCCAAGGAGACAACCGUGGAUCAAGAGGAGAGCAGGUCUCUAAACACAUCGAAUCCUUUUCGACCAUGGAUUCCUUCUUCCUAUAAAAAUGAAUCGGAGACAAUCGUGACUUCGUCAAUGACGACAUCGACGAAUACGAUUUCCAUGACAACUGCGAUGACGAUGACAACGACAUUGUCCAGUGAAAAAGAGAAAGAAGAAAAAGAAAGGAGAAAACAGCAAAAUGAGACGACGCAGAGGCUGCACGAAUCAUUCAGAAGACUACAACAUCCUACCGGUCACAAUCGAUUGGCUGUUUCAUCUCGACGAGAGCCUCGUCAGAGGUUCUUCGAGCCAGUAGCGCCAACAGCAGCAACGACGUCUUCGUCGAAUACGAUCUCUCUACCGCAUCCUAGGCUGCAGGACGAGCCAUUAUCUUUGGUAGUGAGAAACGAAGCAUCCAGAGUGCCGUCGCAUCCUGCUGUAAGUGGCUCCUACGACAAGACGCCAUCGUACAUGAUGGAACACUUGUUGCAAUCCUCAGUACAGAUAGCUUCAUCCGGUCAGAAUCAUCAGACUCAUCAGAGUCAUCAAGUGGCUCCCAUGACAUCGAGACACCAUCAUCAAGGCGGCCAGCAAAGAAAUUACAAGAACAUGACGAGGGAGAGACGGAUAGAAGCAAACGCUCGAGAAAGAACUAGAGUGCAUACCAUCAGCGCGGCCUUUGACACGUUAAGACGAGCAAUACCUGCCUAUUCACAUAACCAAAAAUUGUCAAAAUUAUCCGUAUUGAGGAUUGCCUGCAGCUACAUUAUGACGCUUAGCAAGAUUCUCGGUAAGGAUGGCGAAGUGAUGGCCACAAAGAGCAACGGCCACGCAGACUUGAGUAGCUGCGUAGAGCUAGUCUCCAGGACUAUUCAGACGGAGGGCAAACUCAGAAAGCGGAAAGAAGACUGAACGAAUCGUGUUUUCACCUGAACAAUGGGAACAAGAUUGGAACGAUAGACAAUGGAAUCUGUCACAACAGAAAGAGCGGAGGAUGUUCCGCAUUGUCCGCUUAUAUAUCUUCUAUUCUCGAUGCCAUGUGGUGUUCGAGGGAGAGAAGGAUGAUGUAAGGUUAAGUAAUUUAAGCAACUAAUCAUCACCAGUUUCUAUGCUGAGCGUAUUAAUUCAAAGACUCGAUUAAGAAUGCGUUAAUUAGAGUCGCGAGUUACGAGUGUGAUGAAACAAUUUUCAAAAGUAGU